CUGGUAGAACUGUUGAAUACAUUAUCGCCUGCAUUGUCAACUUGCAAUAGCAGGUUCCUUCAUAUGUUCAAUUCAUAGGAAUCAUAGCCAUCUUGCAGCAUUCAGAAACCUCAGCAUUUAAGCUCUUGCUCCUCCUUAACGAUGGUGCUGACAUUCUUAGUUCUCCUCAUAGCCUUUAUUUUGUUGCUUAUUUUGAUAAAUCAAAUAGGAAAGCAAACUGCUCGAGCGAAGAGGUUGCCUCCUGGUCCUAGGAGAUUACCUCUAAUUGGGAACCUUCACCUGCUUUCUGAUGGUCUACCUCACUGUGUCCUUGAACACCUUUCUAGGAAAUAUGGGCCGCUCAUGUUCUUGCAAUUAGGCUCAAGAUCUACUCUAGUAGUCUCCUCAGCCAAAAUGGCGAAAGAGGUUUUCAAAACUCAUGAUCUCGUUUUUUCAGGUAGACCAGCCUUGUACGUUGCGAAGAAACUUAGCUAUGACUGUGUCAAUCUAUCAUUUGCUCCCUAUGGUGAGUACUGGAGGGAGGUGAGGAAGAUUGCCAUCUUAGAACUACUCAGUGCAAAGAGGGUCCAAAUGUUUCAAUCUGUAAGGGAUGAAGAGGUUGGAGUCAUGAUUGACUCUAUAGUUCAUACUUCGGAGGCUCUCAUCAAUCUCAGUCAUGUGACAAUUUGCUUGACCAACAAUGUUUUGUGCCGAUCAGCUUUUGGUAAAAAGUACGAGGGUGAAGGUGACAUUACGAAGAAUAAUAUUCAUGAGCUGCUUGAAGAAACGAUGGACCUGUUGGGAAGAUUCUGCAUAUCGGACUUCCUACCUUGGUUGGGAUGGUUAAACAAAUUCAGUGGUAUGGAAGAGAGGUUAAACAAGUGUUUCAAAGGGUUGGACAUUUUCUAUGACAGAGUGAUUGAGGAACACCGUGAUUGUACAAGGCCUAAAAUGGAGCAUGAAGAUCUUGUUGAUGUACUUAUUCGAGUUCAGAACGAUCCAAAUCAAGCAAUAGCCCUUACCAAUGAACAAAUCAAGGGUGUUAUCACUGACAUGUUUAUUGCAGGGACCGAUACAACCUCAGCGACAGUGGUAUGGACAAUGGCCGAGCUGAUUAGGAAUCCCCUAGUGCUUAGGAAAGCACAAAAUGAGGUGAGAGGAGUUGUCAAGAAAAAAGGGCAAGUGGAAGAAAGUGAUCUUUAUGGACUUUUGUACCUAAAAGCUGUCAUUAAAGAAGCUUUUAGAGUACAUCCACCAGGGCCACUGCUUAUUCCGAGAGAAACAACAGAGACUUGCACGAUUGAAGGGUACGAAAUUCCUGCCAAAACAAUGGUGUUUGUCCAUGCAAAAAUGAUAGGGAAGGAUCCAAAAUGUUGGGAGAAUCCAGAUGAAUUUUCUCCUGAAAGAUUCUUGGACAGCUCAAUUGAUUACAAAGGAAACCAUUUCGAGUUUUUACCAUUUGGUGCUGGAAGGAGGGGCUGUCCCGGUAUGGACUUUGUUCUGCAGCUAGUUGAGCUUGUACUUGCUAAUCUGCUCUAUCGUUUCGACUGGGAACUGCCUCAUGGGAUGAAAAGAGAAGACUUGGACAUGGAAGAAGCUGCUGGGCUUACAAUACAGAAAAAAAUCCCUCUAUGUCUAGCUGCUAGACUGGUAUAUAUUUAAUAGAAAAUUCUUUCAAAUGGCAAAAAAUUUGUUUACUCUGGCUCGAGUAUCACAAUAUUUUUGUUUUUGGAUAAAGUAUUUUUUCUUAAUUAUGUACUCACUAUAUUACCUACAUGUAUACAUCGUUUUGUUUAAUUCAAUCUGGAAUAAGCAUACCUUAGAGAUUUU